AAAGCCUGCUACUUUCAGGACACUGCUUUCGUCUGCUCUGUAAUCAACAAUGUCUAUAAUAGUUGGAGAGACUGCGGUGUUUUGCCUGCAACUAGCCACCAGGGAUUUUGAAAACCAGGAAAAAACUAUUCUAACUGGAGACUGCUGCUACAUAAACCCCCUGGUGCGGAGAACCGUGAGGUUUCUGGGAAUCUACACGUUCGGCCUGUUCGCCACGGACAUCUUCGUGAACGCGGGCCAGGUGGUGACCGGGAACCUGGCCCCCCACUUCCUGGCCCUGUGCCAGCCCAACUACACGGCGCUGGGCUGCCAGCAGCUCACCCAGUUCAUCAGCGGGGAGGAGGCCUGCACCGGCAACCCCGAGCUCAUCAUGAGGGCGAGGAAGACCUUUCCCUCCAAGGAGGCGGCCCUCAGCGUCUACGCGGCCGUGUACUUGACAAUGUACAUCACCAACACCGUCAAGGCCAAAGGAACGCGCCUCGCCAAGCCCGUGCUGUGCCUGGGCCUGAUGUGCUUGGCCUUCCUCACCGGGCUCAACAGAGUGGCCGAGCACCGCAACCACUGGUCCGACGUGAUCGCGGGCUUCCUGGUGGGGGUCUCCAUCGCCGUGUUUCUGGUUGUGUGUGUGGUGCAUAAUUUCAGAGGGAGGCACCCCGAGAAUGAACACAUUCACAGGGCCCAUCUGGCACACGCUCCGGUGAUCAGCAUCCCCCGAGUGGAAAGCCCUCUGGAAAAGGUAACAUCUGUACAGGUGAUGCGUCAUUUAAAUUCGCAAAUAUGAUCGUUACCUGGAGCAAAUGAGCAAUUACUCGUGAGCUUACCGCACAGUCAUUUCCAAUCGACUGAAACAAGCUCAGAUCUAAGUGGAAUUUAGCAAGAAUUUGGUCACUGACGACACCGUGUUAGCAAAAGGUAGCUCGCGCUUAAAAUAUUUCUCUGAAUCCUGCCUGCUAACAGCUGAGAGCCUGGAGUGUGUUCCAGACUCUGCUGUGGUUUCUAGAAAGGGAACGCUGGGCUGUGGUCUUACGCAAAGGCGAAGUAAUCAGACAGU